AUGAGCGAGCUUGAACGACAGUCGUCCAGACGAGUGAUUUUCGACCGGGUGUUGGGCAAAGGGACGUUCAGCACGGUGUACAAAGCGCUGGUGGAACCGGACAACGAGCACAUAGCCCUGAAGAUCGUACACUUGCGGAACAUAGUCAAUGACCUCAAAACCGUACAGGAUUGCGUUAACGAAAUCAGCAACCUGAAGAAACUAAAUCAUUCAAAUAUAAUUCGAUGUUUGUGGUGGGAUUUUUCGGAUUUUGAAUUGAAAAUUGGCUUGGAGCUUGCUACUGGUGGAGAUUUAAGACGGAUCAUUCAUGAACAUUACGAUAAGUUUAGUCUCAUUAAAGAAUCCAUCAUUUGGUCCUGUGCUGUCCAAUUAUCCAGUGCACUUUAUCACAUGCAUAAAUCAAGAAUCAUGCACCGAGACAUCAAACCGGCCAAUAUUUUUAUAUACGGAUUAAAAGAAGAAAAGAACUCGCUUUAUGAGCGGUGGAAAGGAGUGAAAAUUAAGCUUGGUGACUUUGGAUUUAGCAAAGACAUAACGAACGGUCAAGACAUGACUUGUCGAUCGGUGCUGGGCUCUCCGCUAUACAUGAGCCCCGAGAGGAUGUUACACCAAAAGUAUUACUUUGAUAGCGAUGUAUGGUCAAUGGCUUGUGUCAUAUAUGAGUUGGUAGCACUUCAGGCACCAUUUCAUUUGAAUACUUUAGACAUGAACUUGAUGACCAAAAGAAUAAUAAAUGGAUUUUACCCACCCAUACCUUCAGACAUCUAUUCAAUUAAGAUUACAAAAUUCAUAGAUAGCUGCAUAAUAGUUGACCACAAGUUCAGGCCAAAUAUAUCACAGAUCCUGAGAGUAACACGGAGAGGAUUGGCCGAAUCUCGGAAUACUGCAUUUUCAUCGUAAUGUUUAUGAUGAAAUUAUGUUUAUACAAAGUACCAUUAUAGUAUUAUUAUUGUCUAGAUUCUAGAUUAUUAUAAUAAUAAACUUUUUGUAGUAGUAUCCUCUAGUCUUUAGAAGAUACUAUUUAAAAAAAGUCUAUGGAUGUAACAUUUUAAAUCAUCGAAUACUUUUAACAAAGUAAAUGCACCUACUAAAAGAUUUUUUUUGUGUACAAUUAUCAAUCAAUUAAUUUUUUAUUAUUUAUUUUAUUUAUUUUUUAUACAUUUUUAUUAGGGCUAAACAAUAAAUGUACAACAAUUGAUUGAUGAUUUUUCUUUUUACAUAAUCAAGAAUGAAAACGGUUACUAAAAUUUGUAUAAGCAUUUCAUUUAACAUAAUAUUCAAUAUUUUUUUUUGUAUUUAUAUAAUACAAUACAUACGACAGUAUCAUCAGCACUUGGCGUAAAGCAAUAGGUAUUUGUUAUUUUUAAAAUAAAUAAUUAUAACUAUAAAUUGAAACAAAUUUUAGUCCUACAGAACUGAUAAUAAUAAUAAUUUUUAAAAAAUUGUUCUUUAUUAUACAUACUAUGUAUGGUGUUACAUCACGACUAAUACGUUAUGAUAUUCGAGCCAUUUUAACAUUUUUAGGUAUUUUGUUUACCUACAUUAAACUACUACAUUUUAAUAUUAUACAGGUUAUGUAAUUAUGGUUUAAAAUCUUUUAAUUAUAUAAAUAUAUAUAUAUUAUAU